AUGCAUUUCAUUAAUAAUGAAAAAAAUGUAAAUAACACGGGACUAAUAUAUACAACAGUUGAAACAAUAAAUCUUAAUGAUCUUAUAAAUUAUUCAAAAUCAGAAAAAGAAAAUGGAAAUGAAGAAAUAUGUUACUUAAAAUAUUUUCGUAAAAACAAAAACUUGAAUAAUUUUGUAAAAAUAUUAAAUAAUAAUUUAGUUAAUAGUCAAAUUAUUUUAACAAAUUUCACAGAAAAUAAUAAAGAUUCCAUAAAUUCAGAAUAUAUAUAUAAAAAUGUUAUCAAAAAUAAAAUUUCAUAUCUUUUGAAAAACGUCUAUUUAUCUACUUUUUUUACAAGCAAUUAUAUAAAUAAUAUUUGUAAGAAAUAUAAACAAAUUCUAAUUAAUUGUUAUUCAAAAUAUCAUAAUAAAAUAUAUAUGGACAAUAAUUAUUUAUAUUUAUGUAUUAAUGAUUUAACAAAAUUAAGCUUAAUAACACAUACAAAUUUAUAUAAAGAUCAAAAUGGGCUUUCAAAUGUGAUUGUAAUUGAUUUAAAAAACGAUUCUGUAAAAAUUGCCGACAAAAAUAAAUACACUCAUAACCAAGAUGAUAAAAAUUUCGAAAAAAUUGAAAAAAUUGAAAAAUAUGAAAAUUUCGAAAAAAGUAAUAUCCAUGAAAAGGUGAACAAGGUAAAUGAAAACAACAACGAAGAUUUGGAAAAUUACAAAAUGUAUAAUAUAAAAUAUAAAAUGAGAGAAACAUAUAAAGCUUUUUUUUCGGAAUCGAAUACGUAUCCAGUAGAUCUAAUAGCUACAUAUGGCCAUGCCAGCGAUGGUGAUAAUGCAGAUGAGAAUGAUGAUGACAAUUUCAGCGAUGGUAAGAAUGACAAAUUUCUAAACAAAUUAAGUGCCACUUUUUUAAAAAAUAAAGAUGCAAAAAUUUAUCCAAUACAUCUUGAAUAUCAUGAAACAACAUAUAAAGGAAAUAGCGAUGAUAUAUCACUAAAUAAUAAUAUUUGUGAAGAAAACUAUUUAAACAUGGCAUCUAUUAAUAACAAUGAAAACAUAAAUAUGUUAAAUCAAUUGAAUACUGUUACAGAUAUAUAUAAAGAUAUUUUUAGUACAAAUAAUUUAUCUAAUAGUUUAACAUCAUCUUUUAAAUAUAAUAUAGAAAAUGAAAUUAAUAAAAAUACAAAUUUAUUUUUUUCACAAAAUAAAAAAUUAAAUAAUUUUUAUUACGAAUUAAAUGUAGAUUUCAUAUAUAAUAAUUUAUUUAUUUGGUUAGAAAAAAACAAAACUAUAAAUAAAAAAAAUAAUAAAUUAAAUAAUUACCCAAAUAUCAGAGAUGAUAUAUAUUAUACACAAAGACACUCAAAUCGUAAUACACAAAAAAAUAAUAAUUUAAAUAGUAUGGAUUAUGAAAAAAAAGGAAACAUACAUCAUAUAAAUAAUAAAACGUUUUAUAUAAAUAAAAAUUUGUCUGACACUAGUGAUGAUAGUUUAUUUGAAUUUUCCAAAAUUAAAAGAGAGGAAAGAAAUAGUGACGAACAAACUAAAAGUCGCAAACAAGUUCAUUCAAGUGGGGUAUCGAGUAGUCAUAAUGGUGUAAAAAUUGGGAAUGGUGACAAAAUUGAAAAAAUUGAAAAAUUUGAAAAAAUUGAGAAUGGUGUAAAAAUUGAGAAUGGUGUAAAAAUUGAGAAUGGUGUAAAAAUUGAGAAUGGUGAAAAAGUUGAAAAAAUUUUGAAUUUUUUACGAACACACCAAGGACAGUACUUUAUAAAUGAUGAAAUAUUUUUGGAAAAAGAAUCUUUGUUAAAAAUUAUGGAUUAUAAUAAAAGCAAAACUGAACCAAGGAAUGUAAUAAACUCAAAAUGGGUUGAAAAAAAAAAAGAAAAUUUUUUUGAUGAUUUUAUUAAUUAUUUAGUUGAAUAUAUAGGCAAAAUACAUUUAGAUAUAAAAAUAAAAUUUAAAAAUAAAUCUAAAAUAUAUCUUAAAGAAAAACAAAAUAAAAAUGAAAUACAAAAAAUCAUUUUAAAUAAUGGCUUAAUAAAUAGUUCUAACAUAUUCAAUAUUUUUAAUUCCUUAUUAAAUAAAUUAUUAAAAAAAAAUAAUAUACAAAAUAUCAGCAAACUUCACUAUGUCAUGUCUAUACAUAAAUACGAAUAUAAUUUUGUUAAUCAUGAUAAAAAUUUUAAAGAAAUGUCGACCCAAACAUCUCUUCAUUUAUUUAUGAUUACGGCAAAUGGAUCUCUUUAUUUAAUUCUUGCAGACACGCGCAAUCGAAUUGGCUGA